UGACGCGCGCGCUCGUGUCCCCAUCAUCUCUCUCUCUCUCUCUCUCUCUCUCUCUCUCUCUCUCUUAGAGAGCUCCAUGAAAAAUCAAAAGUGACAACCGUGAGUGCCACUGAACGCCAGGAGUGAUUAACACAGAGCACUUCCGCGUCGGCGCUCGACUUUGAAGCAAACCGUUAAACCGAGAGGAUGCGCGCGGAAUCCACGGCGCUCGGGAUCCUUUACGGUUUGACUGUUUGGGUCGCGAGCUGCCGCGGUGCCCGAGUAGUGAGCGGGCAGACAGUGUGUCAUGGCGGUCCUGAGAAGCCAUGCUAUAAAAUCGCGUACUUCAGCGACGUGUCGAGCCGCGUGGCCUUCUGGGAAGCUCAGCAAGUGUGUGAGGUGGACGGUGGCUCGCUCCUGAGCGUGGAGAACUUCACUGAACAACGGCACAUCGAGCAGCUUCUGCAGAAUCUCAGUAGGACCAGUUCAGGUCCGGGUAUUGCCGAUGGAGAUUUCUGGAUCGGUCUGACUCGUAUAGACAGAGGGAGUCCAGGGGAAUACGCGAGCUACGCUUCCUGCCCAGAUCUGUACAGCUGGAUGGACGGAAGCGUAUCUCAGUUCAGGAACUGGUACUUCGACGAGCCGUCCUGCGGAGCGGAGGCGUGCGUAGUGAUGUACCAUCAGCCCACUGCUCCGGCUGGUCUAGGAGGAUCGUACCUUUAUCAGUGGAACGAUGACAGGUGCAGCAUGAAGCAUAAUUUCAUCUGCAAGUACGAGCCAGAGAGCCACCUGGUGAAGGAGCAUGGAGACAGGCCUGUGAGUCGUGAUGCAGCAGAACAUGAAGAAGAGACGAAAACUCCUGAUGUCUAUGAGGAGGAAAGCCUUCAUGUCACCGUGGCAGGACACUCAAGUAUGCUGCUGAUUUAUGUGAUCAUCCCGACCAUUCCUCUGCUCCUGCUCAUCCUCGUGGCCUCGGGGACGUGCUGCGUCCAGAUGCUAAGCAAGAGAAGACCACAGACGAAAACGAGAGUGGACCAGUCAACACUCUGGAUCUCCAAGACGCCAAAAUCAGACAGCGCAAUGGAGGUGUAAAAUACAAACUACGUUCCACGGUUUACGCGAACACUACAUCGUCUACAUACUUGUACGUGGUCUUCUAACACAAAUCUCAGUGUUAACGUUGUGACACACUCGACUCUUUUCUAUGACGGCUUUUGCUGCUAUGCCCUGAAACGAAUCACGCCAAUUAUUUCAUUAAUCUAGGUUUCCUCUUCGCCUAACAAGCCAAAUCCGUAAUCAUGCCUUCAUUCCUGCGUAUCCUCUCUCAUCCUGCUCUCUGUUUCCUUCCUUCCCUCCCUCCUUCCCUCCCUCCCUCACAGAGAGCCAUCAGAAAGCGCACUCGUUUGCAGAAGGAAAUCUUCAGCUAAUUGGCAGCAAACACUGAGAGCAAUUCAAUUACUGUAAUUAAGACGGGUGAAAGCCGUUACAGGAUCCACAUAAAGAGAUUAGUUUAAAGUGGCGGCUAGAACGAAAUAGAGUCGUGCCAGCUCGAAAAUACCUCCGUGUCAGCAAAAAAAUAAGGCAGAUUAAAACUGCUUAUAGAUUAGCUUUGGAGUUUUAUUUUUCAGGGGCUUGUCAACUAUAAAUAUCAAAUCCCAAGUUUUAAAUUUUGAGUUCAGAGUUAAUGUGUUUCAAUAUUAAACAGUAGCAAUUAAUCGUAGUAUAUUAAGUGAGACACAAACACAAGAGGGUGUGCUGUUCUAGGAAAAUAAUCAACUGUAGUGAUGUGUGAUGGCACCCAACGCUGUUAGCCUCUACAUAGUCGAUUGUUUUCCAAUAACAGCAUGUCGCGAAGUGUUUUAUUCCUGUUAUACCAUAGCAAUUUGUCAACAAUUAUGAUUGUUUUGUUUAUUAAAGAACAACAUGUUGUACUAUAUAUCUACAGCACUCAUUGUUACAUUUAUCAAUUGAGUUAGCGCAAAACGAGUUAGCUCCUGUUCUAUCUUAGAUUACAGAAGCUAUAAACAGUCGUUCCUUCGCCAGUGUCUCUUUUUUUAUGUCUUUUUUUUU